AUGGCUUCCACUUCCUUAAUCAAUCCGUUGACUUUCACUUCGCGCACUCCCACUCCUCACUACUUCACUCGCCGCACCCCAACCAUAUCCCUCCGAUUCGCUAACCUCCCUCGUCCCAUCUCCACCAGGAUCUCUUCGCCUUCUCCCGUUCUAUGCAAAGCCGUCUCCGUCGAAUCCCAAACCACCCUAGAAGGUCUCAACAUUGCCGAGAACGUUACUCAGCUCAUAGGUAAAACACCAAUGGUUUACCUGAAUAGUAUCACAAAGGGUUCCGUUGCUAAUAUUGCUGCUAAACUCGAGAUUAUGGAGCCCUGUUGCAGUGUCAAAGACAGGAUAGGUCAUAGUAUGAUACUUGAUGCCGAGAAGAAAGGAGCCAUAACACCUGGGAAGAGUGUUUUGGUGGAACCUACUAGUGGGAACACAGGAAUUGGUCUGGCCUUUAUAGCAGCUUCUAAAGGAUAUAAACUCAUUUUGACGAUGCCCGCUUCCAUGAGUUUGGAAAGACGCGUUCUUUUGAAAGCAUUUGGAGCUGAGCUUGUUUUGACCGCAGCUGCGAAGGGUAUGAAUGGAGCAGUUCAAAAAGCUGAAGAAAUUGUAAAAAAUACGCCCGAUGCAUACAUGCUUCAACAAUUUGAUAAUCCUUCAAAUCCUAAGAUACAUUUUGAGACAACUGGGCCAGAGAUAUGGGAAGAUACAAGAGGUAAAAUAGAUAUUUUAGUUGCAGGAAUAGGAACUGGUGGAACCAUUUCUGGAGCCGGUAGAUUCCUAAAACAACAAAAUUCAAAAGUACAGGUUAUUGGUGUAGAGCCUCUAGAAAGCAACAUACUCUCGGGUGGAAAGCCAGGACCUCACAAAAUUCAGGGUAUUGGGGCUGGUUUUGUGCCCGGGAAUUUGGAUGAAGAAGUGGUUGAUGAAGUUAUAGCGAUAUCGAGUGAUGUAGCUAUCGAAACUACGAAGCAAAUAGCACUCCAAGAAGGCUUGCUGGUGGGAAUUUCUUCAGGUGCUGCUGCUGCCGCCGCAUUGCAGGUUGCUAAGAGACCUGAAAAUGAGGGAAAGCUUAUUGCGGUUGUAUUCCCGAGCUUUGGUGAAAGAUAUCUGUCCACUGUUCUUUUCCAGAAAAUUCGAGAAGAAUGUGAGAACAUGCAACCGGAGCCAUAA